CUCUUCAGCCAUGCCCGCGAGUUCCGUCGAGAAUCAUAGUCAACCGACAAUUUCUCGCAUAAGCCGGCUUAUGCGGCCUCUUAGAAGCAAAUGCACCGCCCUCGCAACUUACAUGAAAUCCACUGGCAAGUCCUCUGGAACGUCGGCCACUCGGGGCAGAAGUUCGGUCCCACUGUUGGCCUCCGCACGCGCGACGGGGAUUCACAGGAAAUCCGCAUUGGAACAUAGCUCAAUGACUGACCACGAGCUCACACGGCACAUAUACGCAGUUAGUGGUGCUUUUCGCAAUAUUGUGAUUGCGAUUUUUGGAACGCCAUGCAGCGAACGCAUCAUCAGUCUUGCCGCCAUAUGUGGCUCAAUCGUAGGGGGUAGUAUUCCGGUGACUGCUUCUGAUUUCUCUGGGAGCGCUUCCUUAGACGACCCUGUGGAUGAAGAUAUAAUCAGGGCAUUUACGGAAGAAAUCUACGAAUCCGUUCCGUCUCAUUAUCGAAGGUUUUCGGUCGUGUCGCAUGCUUUAUCCAUCGUCCUGCAUACUUCACGCCAUCAUACGCUUAUCAACAUUCUUUUGGACGUCUGCAUAUCAUUCGGCAUACUGCAUGAUGCACAGAACCUAUUGAAUAUAGUGCUGUCCCAAGUUUUCACCUUUCAAAACCCAUCUCGUCUUGACCUCGUCACAUAUCCAGCGCAUGAUACAUAUCUUGUUGAUCUCCACACUCGAUGGAUCAGCGCCGAUAUGAAACAGAAAUCUGCACGCGAUCUGUCACCCUUUACCACAUCGGCAUUCUGCCAAGCAGUACUCUCGACCUUUCCUCUCUCGGGGAAUCUACCCUUACCGGCUUGGAAUGCACUGAUCAAGUUGGUCAAUGCCAUCGGACGUCAAGAUGUCGACGCGUUCAUCCGUAUGAUCAGCGCCUUGACCACGUUCCUGUUUUCCAGCGGAGCCCAUCGGUUGGCUGGGAAUAUCUGUACCGGGGAGCCGCGACUACAGCUCGUAGAAUGGUUAAAUGACCUGUGGGACAGCUUUGCCCCAUCAUGGGCUAUACCCGACUUGUUUCCGAGCCAAAGAUUACACCUGCUGGUCGACGUGUUAGAGAAAUGUUGCACUGACGGUGGCGAGUUUGCGGCAGGGGACACACUGUUUGACAUCGUCGCUGUAUUUGCAACGCAGGCGCUAAUUCACUUGGAGGAUUUCGGCGACAGACUGGCUUCUAUCUUACGAGGAAUAACCCCUGUACCAACGACUUACCACCGGUUAGUCUUGUAUUUGAAUCAGCGCGAGGAUACCCAAGAGUUUCGGGUCUUUUCCGAACACUUCAUGUCCCAACUCAAGAUGUAUUCAUCAGUUCUGUGCUCCAGAAAGCUCCUGAAGCUCGAUGCAUCCUUAUGGGCAUGCGCACUCAGCUAUUUCGAGAGGACAAUCAAAAACCUUCCUCAGGAAAAUUCUUCUCUGCUAGCAGAAUAUCGACGCAAGCUAAUGGAUACCGUUGACGCUGCUGAGCGCAGAUGCUUUGGUCAGACUCAACCCGGUAGCAGUCCUCCAGUUUCCCUUCCUCGCCGGUUCAAAGGGGGUCGUCGACAUCAUCUACGGAAACCGAGUGGACACUGGGAGUGGGAAGAAAUGGUGGGAUGUUGGAUCCGCGCCACUCCAGUCCACAAGCAGAAGGAACGACUUGGCAACGACCAACCUAACCUUGAAGUUCGAUCGUUGAGACACAUUGUUCGCGAAAAACAAACUUCACAUGUCGGAUUCGCAUCUGCAUCACGAGUUACGAGGAACGUUGGGAGGCGGCAUUCUUCGCAACUGACACUAUGCGAGCUCUCUGAUUCAGAUAUUAGAAGAUCGGAGCACGACGAUACACGAGAAGCCUGCUCGGCUUAUUCACCUCGAUGCGGACCACUAUCAAAAAGGCCACGGACUAACUUUUCAACAUUGCUUGCUGACGCUCAAACGAAUCGAGUGGUCUUGCAUGCCAAGGGAUCCUCAACGAUACCAGAAAAAUAUGUCAUUCCCCCUGCUGCUUCUCACUCAUCCCCACCCACACAUCGGGCGGUGCUAUCACCAGAUACUCAUCAUAACUAUCAGGCUGAAUCCGUACUUUCAGAUGAUUCACUCGAUUUAUUUGCGCCAUCCUCUCCAUCGCAGUGAACAACGAGCCUAAGGGUCUUUGCGACAAGCUGGGUUUGGUGUGGUGUACCAUGUCUCUAAGAGUUGCAAGUUGCUUUCGCAUUUGUGACUGGUAUUGCAAGGCCUGUACGUAUGGCGGCCUCAUCUGGCUCCC